AGGGCAUAUUUCUCUAUAAGCAAAAUAGAAGGUAUAAACUAACGUCUGAAAGAAUAAAAAAAAUGUCUGGAAGAGGCAAAGGUAAAGCAAAGGGAACCAAAUCAAAAACCCGUUCUUCAAGAGCAGGGCUUCAGUUCCCCGUUGGUCGUAUCCAUCGUCUUCUCCGCAAGGGAAACUAUGCUCAACGAGUUGGUGCUGGUGCUCCAGUCUACAUGGCUGCAGUUCUCGAGUAUCUGAGCGCUGAAAUCCUCGAGUUGGCCGGUAAUGCUGCCCGUGACAACAAGAAAAGCAGAAUCAUCCCCCGUCACUUGCAGUUGGCUGUCAGAAACGACGAGGAGUUGAACAAGCUUCUUGGUGGAGUUACCAUCGCUCAAGGUGGUGUUCUUCCCAACAUCCAAGCUGUUCUCUUGCCAAAGAAGACCGAGAAAAAAGGCAAAGGCAGCCAGAGUCAAGAAUUCUAAGUCUUCUCUCUCAAACUAUAUAAACGGCUCUUUUAGGAGCCACCACAUCAAAUAAAGUCAAUACCUAUAUGCUAACAAUUACACUUUUUACCUCCCUAAAAUAUAUAUUUCCAAUAACUUUUUCAUUUCUCUAACGACAAAUUUUCCUAAGUUUUCUAUCUCCCUCAAAAAAGGCAUAUAUAUAAUUUCAAAAGUUUUAUAUCCUUUUCAAUGACCGUCUAGGAUUUUGCCAGAUAAACGAAAUGACAAUAUGUUGACAUUAUCAGAGUCGAGAGAACUUUCCCCUCCAAAAUGUUUAAUUAGGCAGCAAAUAUUUGUAUUACAAGUCCAAACUAAAACUCAUUCAUGAAUUGUGAUCUAGUCUCCCUUGCACUGAUGGCUGCUGUGAGGCAGACUAGGGAUCUAACAAACACAGUUUACUCCAAAUUAAACGAUCUUGUAUUGUGA